AUGGUUGGAUCUGCCUUGGAAGAGAAUAAGAACGACGACAACUGGGAGACCACGACCGCCGUGACCGGGACCUCGGAGCUCAGCCUGUCCCAGGAGGAGGUGGUGGGUCUGGGGAAGCCCGGGGACCGCGCGCGGGCCUGCCGCCGCUACCUCCCCCUGGCCCUGGGGCUGGCGCUGGGGCUGCUGGUGGCGGCCACGCCCCUGGCCUUCCUGCUGCUCCCCGUGGCGCUGUGGGCCGACCGGCUCCAGGCCUGCGGGGCGGCGUGCGAGGGCCUGUUCCUCUCGCUGUCCUUCAAGCUGCUCAUCCUGCUGGUGGCCGUGUGGGCGCUGUUCCUGAGGCCGUCCCGGGCCGGCCUGCCGCGCCUCUGCGCCUACCGCGGCUUCCUGGCCACGCUCACGCUGCUCCUCACCAUGUCCUACUGGCUCUUCUACGGCGUCCGCAUCCUCGACCCGCAGGACGAGGACUACCACGGCAUCGCCCAGUUCGCCGUGUCGCUGGUGGACUCCCUGCUCUUCGUGCACUACCUGGCCGUGGUGCUCCUGGAGCUCCGGCAGCUGCAGCCCUGCUUCAGUGUGUGCGUGAUGCGCUCCACCGACGGGGAGACGCGCCACUACAACCUGGGCAGGCUCAGUAUUCAGAGAGCUGCUCUCUCUCUGCUGGAGUUCUACUACAGAGACUUCCCUCUGCACAACCCGGCCCUCCUCUCUGCCUCCAAGCAGCGCACGGCCAAACAGCUGGCUGGACUGAAGGUCUACAACGUGGACGGAGCGGGCCCCGGGAGCACGGCGGGGACCCAGACGGCCAACAGCAGCCAGUCCCGGGCCAUGGUCGCCGCCGCCGCCGCCAAACGCAAGGACAGCGCCCACAACGAGCUGUACUACGAGGAGGCCGACCACGAGCGCAGGGUCCGCAAGCGCCGAGCCAGACUGGUGGUGGCCGUUGAGGAGGCCUUCACGCACGUGCGUCGCAUGAAGGCAGAGGACGAGCGCGCCACGCCGGCGGACAUCAUGGAGGUGCGCGAGGCGGCGCUCGCCAUCUUCCCCUCCAUGGCGCGGGCGCUGCAGAAGUACCUCCGCACCACCCGGCGGCAGCACUGCCACAGCAUGGACAGCAUCCAGAAGCACCUGGCCUUCUGCCUGGUCAACAACAUGAGCCCCAAGGCCUUCCUGGAGGCCUACCUGGCCCCGGGCCCCACCCUGCAGUACGGGCCGGAGCGCUGGAUGGCGGACCAGUGGACGCUGGUGAGCGAGGCGUCAGUGACGGGCGGCGUGCGGGACGGCUCCGAGUUCCUGCUGCGCUGCCUGGACUUCAGCCUGGCCGUCACCGUCAAGGGCAUCCCCUACCUGCGCAUGACAGAGGAGUUCGUGGACCCCAAGUCGCACAAGUUCACCCUGCUGCUCCAAUCGGAGACCUCCGUGUAGACGCGGCACCCGUGGCACCCCCCCCGACCGCCGGCGGGCCAGAGGAACGAGAAGCGGAAGAACAACCGAGGUCUGGAGCGGUGUCCGCGGUGGAGGGGCGUUCUGUGUUCUGUGUUCUUAUUGAGAACCGGUUCUUAAGCGGCUCACAGGUUCUGCACAGGAUCUCUUUUUGAUUUAAACAACGCUCAGAGGGAGGGAUGGCGUGUGCGUCUCGCUCUCUCUGCCCUGACCCUUGAGCCCCGUGGAGGUAUUCCUCCCUGCACUGUGGCCGACCCUCACGGAGACCUGUUCUCCCGUCACGGCAUUGGCCCAGGGCGUGCCUGUGUGUGUUUAACGAGUCCACAUGAUUUAGGCUGUGUGUGUGUGUGUGUGUGUGUGUGUGUGUGUGUGUGUGUGUGUGUGUGUGUGUGUGUGUGUGUGUGUGUGUGUGUGUGUGUGUGUGUGUGUGUGUGUGUGUGUGUGUGUGUGUGCGCGUGCGUGAGUGUGGCUGGGCCCAAGGCUUUGUAUGUGUGUGCGUGUGUUCAAAUGUGUGUGUGUGUGUG